AUGCAGCCUGUCAUGAUCACCAGCAAGACUGCGGCGCCCUCGCCCGAGGACGUCGCGGCAGUCACCAACACCAUCUACACCUCCAAGACCUCCCAGGAGUCUCUUGACGCCGCCUACGCUCUUACUGACCUCCUACUCAACAGCGUUGGCUUUCGCGGUCUCGCCGCAUAUGGUCUUCUGCCCGAGAUUCUCAAGGCUGCCACCGACAAGAAGGCCGCCGGGAAGCGAGAGGGCGCCAUGUUCGCGAUCGGCGCCAUCUGGGAGCGCUUCCCUCCCAAGGCCCGUCUCAGUGAGAUUGUGUUCCUCAUGCAAGAACCUGGCCUUGUCGCGACAGUCUUCGACACCCUGGCGGAUCGACAGUCUUCGGUCAAGGAAGGCGCACAAUAUGCGUUGGACGCGCUCUACAACCACCUCACGGCCGAGCUGAAGGUUUUCGCCCUUCUUCCUCUAUUGGUCCAAUACCUCAAGAAAAAGACAGGAAAGUGGCAGGGGACAGUGGGUGCGGUGACGCUCCUCGGCAAAAUGGCGGAUGACGCAAAGAUGGGCAUGGACAGCAAAGAAGCCGAGGAAGGCAAGGAUGUGCUGCGCGAGUCCAUGGGCCGCAAGCUCGCAGAGCUCAUUCCCAUCGUAGAGGCCGGCAUGCACGAUUUGAAAGGAGAGGUGUCGAAAGCCUCGAUCAAGACCAUGAACAGCUUGACGACCUUGCUCCAGAAUGACGACAUCGCCCCGAAGAUUCCUUUCCUUGUGAAGAGCAUCGAAGACCCGAGUGCUGAAGCACAGCGCAAGGCCAUCCACGCCCUCAGCCAGACCACCUUCGUCACCAUCGUCACGUCUCCCGUCCUUGCGCUCUUGACCCCUCUCCUGGAGCGUGCUCUCAACACCCCUACCACUCCGCAAGAGGUCUUGCGCCAGACCGUGGUCGUGGUGGAGAAUUUGACAAAGCUUGUGCAUGAUCCUAUUGAGGCGCGAGCUUUCCUUCCGAAGUUGAAGCCUGGUGUGCAAGCCGUGAGAGAUCGUGCUUCCUUGCCCGAGGUACGAGAGAUUGGACAACGAGCAUACGAUGUCAUUCUCAAGGCCAUGGGUGAGUCCGAGUCCGGAAGCUCGGAGAACUCUCACGCUGUGGAACGAACCAAGCCCGAGGAUGUGCUUUUGGUCGUGGAGCAGGAAGUGGGAAAGAAUGGUGGAUUCAUCAACUACCCUGGCGACUCAGACAUCUGGGCGCAUGCCAAGUUGUUCAUCUCGGUCGCUGUUGCGGAAGAUGUCAAUCAGCGACUCGUGGACCGCCUGACCCAAAAUCUCGUGCCUUAUUUGCAGCCCUUGAUGGAUGACGGUAAAGCAGAUGCUGUCGGUGCCGCAGUCAAGGAGUUCUACCUGGCAGAGGACAACCGCAAAUACGGAGCCCCCGUCAAGGAGGAUGAUGGUGAGGUCGAGAUUGUCAACGCCAACUUCUCCCUCGGAUACGGUGGUAUGCUGUUACUCUCGCACACAAACCUGCGCCUCCUCAAGGGUCACCGAUACGGCCUCUGUGGUCGCAACGGUGCCGGAAAGUCCACCCUGAUGCGUUCCAUCGCGAACGGCAAACUUGAAGGCUUCCCUCCCCAGGACGUUGUUCGCACAUGCUUCGUGGAGCACAACCAGGGAGAGGCCGCGGAUUCGACGAUUCUAGAGUUCUGCACAAACGAUCCAGAGUUGCAGGCCGAAGGCGCUCAGCGUAUCUCUGAGGUCUUGGAAGAAGUCGGGUUUACUCCCGGCCCUGAAGGCCGCCAGCAACAAAAAGUUGGCAGUUUGUCUGGAGGAUGGAAGAUGAAGCUCGCCUUGGCUAGAGCCAUGCUCAUGCGUGCAGACGUGUUCCUCCUGGACGAACCCACGAACCAUCUCGACGUCGCCAAUAUUAAGUGGCUGCAAGAUUAUCUCAAGACACACACAGAAAUCAGCUCGUUGAUCGUGUCUCACGACUCCGCCUUCCUCGACGAGGUCUGCACCGAUAUCUACAACUACGAGAGCAAGAAGCUUGUACACUACAAGGGUAACCUUGCAGAUCUUGUCAAGGUCCGACCCGAGGCAAAGAGCUACUACACCUUGAGCGCAUCUUUGGUUCAAUUCAAAUUCCCGCCUCCCGGUAUCCUCACCGGUGUCAAGUCAAACACUAGAUCUAUUCUGCGGAUGACCAACUGCACCUUCACCUAUCCCAACGCUGCCAAGCCCAACCUCUACGAGGUGAGCGCUUCUCUGUGCUUGAGCAGUCGUGUGGCCAUCAUCGGUCCCAAUGGAGCUGGCAAGUCGACAUUGAUCAAGGUCUUGACUGGUGAAGUCAUUCCCCAGCAAGGCAAGGUCGAGAAACACCCCAACUUGCGCAUUGGUUACAUCAAGCAACAUGCUUUGGAACACGUCGAGAUGCAUCUCGAGAAAACUCCCAAUCAAUACCUGCAAUGGCGAUACGCCAACGGUGAUGACCGCGAGGUGCUUAUGAAGCAGACCCGCGUGCUCACCGAAGAGGACAAGCAGCAGAUGGCCAAGUGGAUUGACAUCAACGAUGGAAAGGGCGCACGACAGGUCGAGGCAUUGAUCGGACGACAAAAGUACAAGAAGUCCUUCCAGUACGAGAUCAAGUGGAAGGGAUGGUUGCCCAAGUUCAACAGCAUGAUGUCACGCGAGACCCUCAUGGAGCAAGGUUUCCAGAAGUUGAUCCAGGAGUUCGACGACCACGAAGCCAGCAGAGAAGGUCUUGGUUUCCGAUCGCUUGAGCCCAAGGUUAUCUCCAAACACUUUGAAGAUGUCGGUUUGGAUCCAGAGAUCGCCAACCACAACGAGAUCAGUGGCCUGUCAGGUGGACAGAAGGUCAAGGUUGUGCUUGCGGGAGCCAUGUGGAACAACCCCCAUCUAUUGGUCUUAGACGAGCCUACCAACUUCUUAGAUCGAGACUCGCUCGGAGGUCUUGCCGUCGCCAUCCGCGACUACCGUGGCGGUGUCGUCAUGAUCUCCCACAACGAAGAGUUCGUCGGCGCGCUCUGCCCGGAGCAAUGGCAUGUCGUCGACGGCCGCUUGACGCAAAAGGGCCAUCUCGCCGUCAACCUCGACCGCUUCGAGGACUCGCGACCUGGCUCCACCGCCGCCAGCUCGGCCGUCUCCUCGGCCGUGCCCAGCACCGCCGCCACCCCGAUCGGCAGCGGCGCCCAAUCAGAAGCCGAGGGCGGUGCGCCGGCGGAGAACAUGAACUUCCGCGCGAUGAAGAAGAAGAAGCUCACCCGUGCGCAACAGAAGGAGCGAGAGGCUCGGCGCCGCUUGCGACACAUCGAAUGGUUGAACAGCCCCAAGGGUACGCCCAAGCCCGUCGAUUCGGAUGAUGAAUAA